AUGACGGAACCGCAAAAAGUCUUCAAAUUCCAUGACCUCCGUCCUUUCGAGAGUACGGGAGGCGUACAGGCAGCCAUCAAACGGCCCCGUGAAGUCACGGAGUUCUCCUUCGAUGAACAACACAUCUGCCACCCGCUCGACGGGCGAAGUCUGAGGUAUUACUACCCACCACAGACCCUGAUCUCUGGCAAUGAAGAUGUAGGAAUCGAUCUGAGCGUUGGAUUCGAAAGCUUCGAGAAAUAUGAUGAGAGUUCAAAGGACUUGCAUCUGGAGCCGCUUCUGGAAACCUUGGAGGCAUUUGAGAGCAAGAGUGGCGAGAAAGUCGAGGCAGGAUUUGUUACGUGGAGGGGAAUGAUGACCAAAAUUCUCACAGCUCCGUUCGACGGCUUCGGGGAGUGGGAGAUGAAUGCCGUUCGUUUUGAGGAUACGAUUUACAUUGAGGAAAACAAGUCCGUCGAGGCCGUUCGCGAAGCRCAGUCCAACAACAAUAUUCGAUUGCAGCAUGGCGCUCACUCGCAGGAGAAGAUGCAAUAUUGGGGCUACAAGUUUGAAACUCUUUCGACUCUACCUCGUUCCUGGGCAGAGUGUUCCCGCACUGAGAUUGAGUCACGAGAGUCCGAAGUCGUAAACAACUACGCGCAAUACUGCUCGAUCGCGCGGACGGGAAUUGGCAACCACACGCUGGUCCUCGCUGGAGAAGUCGAUGCUGUUCUGGGCUGCAAACCGGACGACGGAGACGAGAGUCAAAUUCCUUAUGUGGAGCUGAAAACCUCAGAGGACUUUGAUGCAAGAGACGGGAAAUCUGCUGUCAAGUUCGAGAGAAAGAUGUGUAGAUUCUGGGCGCAGAGCUUCUUGUUGGGCGUUCCGAGCGUUGUAGUUGGGUUCAGAGAUCGAAAUGGGUGGCUGAGGCGGAUGGAGGAAUUCAAGACCUUAGCCAUCCCGGGAGUGGUAAAGAGAGGCAGGGGAACGUGGGAUGGGAGCGUCUGUAUCAACUUCACGGCCAAAUUCCUGGACUUCUUGCAGAAUGUGGUGACGGGGGAUGGGACAUGGAGGAUUGAGAGGAAGAAGGGUGCGAAGGAGAUUUUGGUCUGGAACUUAAACGAUCAGAGAGAUCAUGUUGUGGCGACUGAGAGAUUCAGGGAGCAUAGAACGAGGGCGAGAAGUGAGGCACAAGCCUCAGCGAGCGCGAGCAAAUGA